UGCCUCGUUCGUCCUUCUGCCCGUCCGUCCGUCUGCCUGCAGUUACAGAUGACCUCCGCCGCUACACUCCGCGUGCUGGCCGCACUGUUAGCCUGUGUGGCCCUCAGCUCGGCAGCCACCCACCUGGAGCGGGUGGAUAUUGUGCCCGGCCACGAGAACCAGUGUUAUGUGAAGGAUCAGGAUAAAUUCUACGACUCCGGCUCAACAUGGACCGAGCCCGGCUGCAUCAGGGGAAUCUGCUCCGGAAAAGGAACGAUGAUUGAGCGCCAGAGCUGCGGCAAGGUCAGCUGCGGCCCGAACCUGAGGCUGGUGGAAGGUGACUCGGACGCACCGUACCCCGACUGCUGCCCCUCCGGCUGUGUGCCCGUCACUCCGCCGGCCGCCGCCGCCGGCCUGUGAGGGCUGUGAGUCUGUGACCCUCAGCCCGCCGCCGCCGGCCUGUGAGGGCCACCGACUGCGCUGACCCCCGGCCGCCGCCGUGCCGGCCCAGUGACCGACUGCUGUGACCCCGCCGUGCGCUGCUCCCCACUUCCGUCUCGGUGCGAUACCGAACAAUGUGCGUGUCAUGUGUCGCAUUUGCGAAACGUCUGUCACUUAGAGGGCAUUUUGCUUGAGGGCAUCGUGACCCGGACUGUCCUUGCAGUCUAAGCAAUGCCAGUGUUUGCGUUGUUACGUCUCGUCUAUCGUCACUUCCAUACAUCUUCGUGCUUUUCUAGUUAAAAAGGUAUAUUUAUGGUGGCUGUGAGAUUGAAUUAUGCUUUCUGUUACCGUUUCUGCUUAUAAAGAUACACUGACCUUGCA